AUGACCUCGUUUCGGCGGUUUCAUCUCGAUGUCUGGGCCAUUCUAACCAUGAUCCUUCAGAUCAUAUUCUACGGCGUAUCUUUCACUGGUUAUAGUACGCCUUAUUUGGCUGUAACCGUUGCUCGAGUUCUUCCCCCACAUUGUUGGAUAUGGACACUACUAACAUUCAGCUUUUACAACACUCGUAUUCUUCAUGUCUUCCUUGAUAUGACUACCGUCUAUCUUGUCGAUGUAGUAAUGUUCCCCUCAUGGAAAAUGGCCGAGGUAGUUCGUUGUUGUGCUAUAUCGCAACUCGUCUCAACAGGUCUAGCUGUUUGCACGCUCUUCAUCGGCUAUGCAUGCACAUUUGAUACUAACCUCCUAUGGAAAACACCUAUUUGCGGUUUGAGUCCCCUCCUCGGUGCUGCAUUAGUUGUUGCUCGCCAACUAACUCCUAAUAAUGUUCUUGCAAACCUUCCACUUGGAAAGUUUCGCACCAAGCACAUCGCGUUUACCAUAUUCUUCUGUUUCCUUCUCUUCGCUAUCCUCCGCAUUAUCGAUUAUAUUCACUUCCUCUUAUUAUCCUUUGGAGCAUUUGUCACUUGGGUGUAUCUUCGGUUCUUCCAAAGACACAGCAAUGGUGACAUUGGUGACACAACAGAUGCCUUUAAGUUUUCGGGAUUCUUUCCCAAUCAUCUAGAGCCACCGGUAUCAAUUGCUUCGAAUGCUAUCUACAAUCUGCUUGUCAAGUUGCAUCUUUGUCGCUCCCAAAUGGUUUUCGACUUAGAGUACUCAGAGCCCCCGUUCACCGUCCGAGUAGUUGCCAAUGAUGGCGUUGAAAAACUCGAAUCUUCCCAAGUAAAACAAAAUACAAAUUCAGAAACAUAUCUACCAAAAGAAGUCUCAGUGCAACCUUCGUCAGCUGAUGUUGACUUGCCUUCCAAAUCGUCCUAA